AUUGUGUAUUUCACUGUUAGCUCACUGAAACCGUUGCCCGCUGCUUUGUUUUCUCCAUGGUUACGGCGUACGUCGUGCACGUCACGUAGGUGGGCUUUAGUUUACGUAGCUUUAUGUGCGUAGCUUACGUAGCUUUGUGUGCGGAGUUUACGAAGCGUCUACGGUGCUCGUGAGCGGUUGCUUUUUCCUCCGAGCGUGUUAUUAGAAGAUCCCAGAUAGGAGAAAAAAAAGAAAAGAAAACAAUCCGCAGGUGGUUACCCAGGUGACGCAGUGGAAGCGCAGACAGCAGACCAGAGACAAUGACAGCACAGACAGCUGCACAUAGCUUUGGGAACUUUUCUCUGGCUUAGAGGAUCCUCUGCCGCCCCGAAGGAUAAUUUCUGAGCGUAGAAACGUGACACUGUCCGAUGGAGAAGUACGAAAAACUGGCCAAAAUCGGAGAGGGCUCCUACGGUGUGGUGUUCAAGUGCAGGCACAGAGACACGGGCCAGGUAGUGGCCAUCAAGAAGUUCGUGGAGUCUGAAGAUGAUCCAGUCAUUAAAAAGAUUGCACAGCGAGAAACUCGUAUGCUGAAGCUCAAACAUGUGAAUUUGGUCAACCUGCUGGAAGUCUUCAGGAGAAAAAGACGACUGCAUUUGGUGUUUGAGUUCUGUGAACAAACGGUCCUCAAUGAGCUGGAUAAGCACCCCCGAGGGGUACCUGAGGCUCAGCUGAAAAGUAUUGUGUGGCAGACUCUGCAGGCUGUGAACUUCUGCCACAAGCACAAGUGCAUCCACCGCGACGUAAAGCCGGAGAACAUCCUCCUCACCAAAACGGGAGUCAUCAAGCUGUGUGACUUUGGCUUCGCCCGCAUUCUCACGGGACCAGAGGAUGACUACACAGACUACGUAGCGACCCGCUGGUACCGGGCCCCUGAGCUGCUGGUCGGGGACACUCAGUAUGGACCGCCGGUGGACGUCUGGGCUCUGGGCUGCGUCUUCGCUGAGCUGCUAAGCGGCAAUCCUCUCUGGCCAGGGAAGUCGGAUGUGGACCAACUGUACCUCAUCCGGAAAACUUUGGGUGACUUGAUCCCCCGUCACCAGCAGAUUUUCAGAUCCAACGUGUUCUUCUCUGGAGUCAGUAUUCCUGAACCAGACACAAUGGAACCCUUGGAAUGGCGAUUCCAUGGAGCGUCUCCUCAAGCUCUUCAGGUCAUGAAGUCAUGCCUGGUGAUGGACCCCUCGCUGCGGCUGUCCUGUGAGGAGCUGCUGGAGCUGCCGUACCUUCAGGACGAGGGAGGAGCCAGCUGGGGCCGGGAAGUGGACCGCCCAGGAAGAAGACACGACAGAGCCUCCCGGCGCAAACAAGCCGGGGUCCAGUACCUUCCUCAGCUGCCUCACAGUAACAUCUCACCGGCCCCGGAUGUCAAGAAGCUAGUAAAGCAUAAAUACCACCUGCCCAACAUUUAAAGUCAAAUAACUUCACCUGCAGCCGUUUUAAGUGGAAAUAAAACGUUCAGUUUGCUA